AUGACUCAGGAAAAGCCCCAUGUCCGUAUUGGCAAUGUCUCUGGCGCAACUGGCGAUCACCCACACGCCAUGGCGCGCAUGGUUCGCUCCGGCAAUGUUCAUGUAAUCACCGGUGAUUGGCUGUCCGAGAUGAACAUUGCCUGGAACGCCAUCACGAAGCAGGAAGUGGACGAGAAUCUGGGCUACGAGGAUGGCUUCUAUCAGCAGCUAGAAGAGUGCAUCGACGACAUUGUUGCAAAGGAUAUCCGCGUUGUGACCAAUGCUGGUGCUCUUAAUGUUAUGAGCUUGUACAACAAAGUGAAGCGUCUUUGCGAAGAACGGGGACAUGACUGUGUCAUUGCGGCUGUUCUGGGAGAUGAUAUUACGGAUUUGCUUGUGGAUAAAGCUUCAGGCAAGAAAAACACAGGCUUUAAACAUUUGGAUCAUCCAGAAAUGUCGCUUGAUGAUUGGAAGUUUACGCCUUGUACUGGAAAUGCCUACAUUGGCAGCUGGGGCAUAACGGCAGCUCUUCGGGCUGGUGCGAAUAUUGUGCUUUGCGGGAGAUGCACGGAUGCCUCGCCGGUUAUGGGAGCUGCAGCCUGGUACUAUGGAUGGAAGGAAGACAGUUUUGAUGAACUGGCUGGUUCACUGCUGGCUGCUCACUUGAUUGAGUGUGGCCCAUAUGUCGUUGGAGCAAACUUUUCAGGCUUCAAGGACUUUCUCUCUGACUUGGUGGAUCUUGCAUUUCCUGUGGCUGAGAUUGAUUCCAAAGGAGGCAGCGUUAUUACACGGACGGCAGAGGGAGGAGGCCAUGUAACAGAGGGAACGGUAACUGCGCAGUUGCUCUAUGAGCUGCAAGGUCAUCUUUAUCUGAACCCAGACGUCGUUGCCGAUCUGUCUGCUGUUUCGGUCAAGCAACAGGGGACGGAUCGUGUAAGAGUUACAGGGGUCAAAGGCUUGCCUCCACCGGCUACGACCAAGGCCAUGAUUGCUGGCAAGGGGGGCUACCAAGCAGAGGCAACUUUCUACAUAAACGGCCUUGAUGUGGCGGAAAAGGCUACAAUGAUGAAGAACCAGCUCUCUCAUAUUUUCCAAGACAGCCGAUUCAGCAAACUCAGCAUUGAGCUGUAUGGGACGCAAGCGGAGAAUCCUUCAUCCCAGCAGGCGGGCACUGUGUCGUUGAGAGUCUUUGCACAAGCACGAAGAAAGGAGGACAUUGAUGAAUUGAGGUUCAAAAUCCCGUUGUAUGCGUUGCGGAUGCAGAGUUACCCUGGAUAUCACAUGAAUCUCGACUUUCGGACAAUGGCGCCGCGGCCGUUUAUGGAGAUGUUUCCAGCGUUGAUGCCCGUCGCACUCAUAGAUCAUCGCGUCCAAAUCAGCACUGGAGAGGUUAUCAAGGUCGACCAACCCAAAGUUACAGCGACGUAUCCCAUUGUCCGACCAUCGGCAGAUACGGCAGAGCCUGUAGAUCUUUUGUCUUUUGGACCAACGGAAUUUGCGCCUCUUGGCAGCAUCGUCCACGCAAGAUCGGGCGAUAAAGGCGAUAACUCGAAUGUGGGAUUCUUUGUUCGCGAUGCUUCGGAAUAUCCUUGGCUGAGGACUCUAUUAAGCGUCGACAAGCUGAAACAGCUACUGGGAGAUGAUUGGCACAGCGGCAAUCCGAAUAGGAGGGUGGAGAGAAUAGAGUUUCCCACCAUCAAUGCCGUGCACUUUCGGAUACUUGACAAUCUCAACGGAGGCAUAGCGUCGUCUGACAGGAUUGAUGGACUAGGCAAGGGCGUUGCGGAAUAUUUGCGAAGCAAGUAUGUGGAUGUACCUAAGAUCUUCUUAGAGAAAGGUCGCAUAUGA